AAGGCGGAGAGAAGCUGAGGAGGGACGCCACGGCACCGCAGGCACACCGGCGAAGCUACGGCUACGGCGGCUCCUCGCACAGGACGAUAACGUCAAGAGCAAAGGACACUCCCGGGAGGGGGACCCGCUAUCCGAAGAAGAGGCGGUGGAAGGACGGGGAGGCAGUUACUCUGAAACUACAGUGAGGAUUACAGAGAGCCACCGUCACGGCAGCUUUCACCCAGAUUGGCCUACAGAAGAUGCUAUGCUGAUGACCUGAGCUGAGGGAGCCCUGACUUCAUCCCCACUCGUCUUUGUUCGUAAUUCCACACCUGGUGCGCUCUCCAUCAGUCGCCAAGCACCAACAGCGACCGCCGCCGCCUCCACCUUUUCCCCGCCCCCUCCUGCCCAGCCUGCCGUCACCAUGACGUCGGAGCUGGAGAGCAGCCUGACCUCCAUGGAUUGGCUUCCUCAGCUGACCAUGCAGGCAGCCAUCCGCAAGGCUGAUGCCCAGAACGCUCACGGGCCAGGCAUGGGCAAGAAGAGUGCCCUACUGGAUCCUAACACCACGCUGGACCAGGAAGAGGUGCAGCAGCACAAGGACGGCAAGCCGCCCUACAGCUACGCCAGCCUUAUCACGUUCGCUAUCAACAGCUCGCCAAAGAAGAAGAUGACACUGAGCGAAAUCUACCAGUGGAUCUGUGAUAACUUUCCCUACUACAGGGAGGCGGGCAGUGGCUGGAAGAACUCGAUACGGCACAAUCUGUCAUUGAACAAGUGUUUUCUCAAAGUGCCUCGCUCCAAAGAUGACCCAGGAAAGGGCUCUUACUGGGCCAUCGACACCAACCCAAAGGAGGACGCCUUGCCGACACGGCCAAAGAAGAGGCCGCGGUCUGGAGAGCGGGCUUCCACGCCGUACAGCCUGGAGUCAGAAUCUUUGGGGAUGGAGUGUAUGAUCUCUGGAAGUGCCUCUCCAACGCUGGCAAUCAACACUGUGACUAACAAGGUGGCGUUAUACAACACAGACCAGGAAGGGAGCGAUAGUCCAAGAAGCAGCCUUAACAACAGCCUGUCUGAUCAGAGUCUGGCCUCUGUCAAUCUCAACAGCGUGGGCAGUGUGCACAGCUAUACACCGGUGACCAGCCACCCAGAGCCUGUGUCCCAGUCUCUGAGCCUCCAGCAGCCCCCCCAGUCCCAGUACAACAUGCCAGACAGGGACAAGCAGCUCCUGUUUUCAGAAUUUGAAGAUCUCAGUGCCUCCUUCCGCAGCCUUUACAAGUCUGUUUUUGAGCAGUCCUUCAGCCAACAAGGUCUGAUGGGCAUACCGUCAGAUUCCUCCCAGCAGACCCACACCUCCUGCUCCUAUCAGCACUCCCCCAGUGGCACCAUUAGCACUCAGAACAGUCUGUCAAACAACCAACCCAACAGCCACCCCAACAGCCACUCCGCCAACAGUGGCCAAGUGCCCCUGUCCCAUCCCGCCCAGGCCCACCCCGGCCACGGCUCCCCCCACGCACAGCACCUCCCGCAGCACGGCGGCCCCCACAACCAACACAACCAACACAGCCAACACGCCCAGCACAGCCAACACAGUCAGCACCCACAGCACCCACAGCACCAACAGCACCCCCAGCACGCUGCGCACCCCCAGCACGGGCAGCACCCAUCGCAGCACCCGUCCCACGGCCAGCACCCACAGCAGCACACGCCACACCCCUCCCAACACUCGCAGCACAGCCAGCACCCUGCUCAGCACGGACAGCAGCACCAGAGCCUCUCCCACCAGCCCCAUCCUACCCAGCAACAGAUGGCCUGCAACACAGGUUUACUGUCUGACUGGUACCCAAAUCUGGAUGCACUGAAAGAAAGCUGUCGUAUUGCUAGCAGCUAUAACUGGGCCGAUGUCGACCUUUCACCUUUCCAAGGAUUGAGAGAGAGCAUGAGACAAGCAGAGCUGAACAACUGGUCUCUGGAACCCACCCAGAUCGCAGACCUCUGCUCAUCCAUCAACCAGUUCUUUGCCCGCACCGGCGUGAUCCAGCCACAGGGGGCAGUGCAGUCUCCUGUCUGCCACGGCUCCAUGCACACCAACAAACCCAGCCAGCACCUCAACACAGGAAAUCUCUACAUGGACACCAGACAGAGCAUGUCCAUGAUGGGCCCUCCAGGGUAUCCCCACAUGCCCCCGAUGAGCAGUGCAGGACCCACCAUGACAGGACAUCAUGCACAGAUGAACCAGCAGCACAUGAUACCCCCCAGAAACUUCCAGAUGCAUCGCAUGCCAGCCGACGACAUCCAGGAUGACUUUGACUGGGACUCCAUCGUCUAGCCCCCCAGACCUCCUUUUUUUUUUUUUGCAAACAAACGGGAGCGAGGAGAGGAGGUGGAAGCCGGGGGAAGCCAGGCUGAGCUGAAAGGCCGCAGGUGGAGGAGGCCGCUGUGGGUGGGAUGCAGAAGAACAUUCGACAAGCUUUGGAGAAACACAGACUUCAGAGUCCUGACAAUUUUACAAAACAUACGUAGAAGAUGUUACUUUGAAGACAAUCAUAUUUAGUCGGACAUGUCAAAGUGAUCGCUUACAGACUUGUCCAGAGACAACACAUUCACGUCUAAACCACAUGCUCCUCAGCUCCUCAGCUCCUCAGCUCCUCAGCUCCUCAGCUCCUCAGCCAGCCCUCUCCCCAGCCCUAGCGAGCAGCCUUCCAAAGCCCCUCCCCCCCAGACCCCUGCUCCGUAACCGUUAUGUGAUUUGAGCGACGUGUUCAGCUUGUAAUUCUCGUGUUGACAUUGGCAUCAGCUGCCUCUUGGAUGAGUUUAUCUCUCUCUUUUUUAAAAUUAGGUUUGUUUUUUUUUUGUUUUUUUAUUUUCAGAAGCACAGGCCGUCUCUGUGAGUAAUGUGAUGGUGCUCGUUGGUCACUCUUUGGGAGGACGUGGGCCCCGCUGCGGCUGAAUGGGUGGUGAAGUUAGGUUUACACAAACUGAGGUUCUGAACAGGGUGUUAGAUGUUUAAGCAGGCUUGAUGUUCAACAGAGAGAGAUUUAAAUGGCCGACCGGUGAUCGGGCUCAGACCAGCUGGUGGAGCAGCUUCCUCUCUAAGUUCUCCGUCUCAAGCACUUACAGGUGGAUCAGUGUGAUGAGCAGAAGAUGAUCGCAGGGAAGUCGGGCUUUAUUUGAAUCCAUUCAACCCAAAGUAACGUUAGCUUUAGGUUCUCCAUGUGCACCGUGUGGCUGAUCAGCAGGUUUGGGUGACUAUUGGUCGUUAAACAGGAUCAUUCAGAAACAGUUAAUUAAUCUGCAACAGAGUCUGACUGAGGAGGUGUUUUUGGCCGAUCUGAACUGAUUCUUUACCGUUAUCUAUACCAGCCAUUAAAUACCAAGGAGCUGCAGCACACCAAUGUUAGAGACAUGUCUGAGGUCUUUGGAAUAAUUCUGAAUUAUCUGAUUGGACGUCACAGUUCUUUAAACAAACAAAUGAAAGAGUGAAAUGUUGGUUGUUGAUGUAAACAAGGCCUCAAAGCUCCAACAUUGGUUUGGUUCAAUGAUACGAUUUUGACAUUUCCGGGGAUCUUUCUUCACCUUUCGUAAACAGGAAGCAGCGACCGAGGAGGAAACGGGUCGCUGAGCUCUGUUUAGAAGAACCCGGUGUCUGGUUCUGACUUUGGUUAACGAUCAAUAGAACUCACACACGUUCUGAACCUUCUCUUUGCAGCGGCCGGGUUCUCACUGCGAGUUUCUCUCGUUUAAAGAACGAGUUGCCUCCAAAUUGUGGCGCCGCCGUGCAUCACAGGAAGCUCGUGGCGUUUGUCACGUCUGAAUGAUGGAGAUCCGAUUCUGUUUCUGAACUGCCCAACGUUUUGUUGUGAUAGAUAGCGUAAGAUUCUGCUCUUAUACAAUCAUAACAGAAUGAGAAAUGUGACUCAUUAUACAGUACAUACAGUGUGUGUGUGUGUCGGACAUAUGGUGUGUGUGUGUGAGUGUGUGUGUGUGUGUGAG